AUGGACGAUGCUGAGGUCCUGAAGAAGAGAGGCUACAUUAUGGGAAUCAAUCUCGGAGAAGGGUCCUACGCCAAGGUCAAAUCAGCCUACUCGGACCGACUGAAAUGCAACGUGGCCGUCAAGAUUAUCGAUAAGAGGAAAGCGCCCCGUGACUUCCUGGAGAGGUUCCUUCCCAGAGAGAUUGAGAUGCUGGCACGAGUGAAGCACCACGCCAUCAUCAAAACCUACGAAAUCUUUGAGACCUCUGACGGGAAAGUCUACAUUGUGACUGAACUCGGUGUCCAAGGAGACCUCCUGGAAUUCAUCAAGAGGAGAGGGGCCAUCCCUGAGGAAGUGGCUUGUAAGAUGUUCCACCAACUAGCCAGUGCCAUCAAGUACUGCCACGAGCUGGACAUUGUCCACCGAGAUCUGAAAUGUGAGAACCUGCUCCUUGACAAAGAGUUCAACAUCAAGUUGACCGACUUUGGCUUUUCCAAGCGGUUGACUCGUGACGAAGACGGCAGGGUGGUCCUCAGUAAGACGUUCUGCGGCUCUGCUGCCUAUGCAGCUCCUGAAGUCCUGCAAGGCAUCCCCUACCAGCCCAAGGUUUACGACAUAUGGAGUCUGGGCGUGGUCCUGUUCAUCAUGGUCUGUGGCUCCAUGCCCUAUGAUGAUUCGAACAUCAAAAAAAUGCUCAAGCUGCAGAAAGAGCACCGGGUGCAUUUCCCCCGAUCGAAAGUGCUCACAGUCGAAUGCAAAGAUCUCAUUUAUCAGAUGCUCCAGCCUGACGUCUCCCGGAGGCUGUGCAUUGACGAAGUUCUCAUGCACACUUGGAUGCAGAAUCCCAAAUCCGUUUCGGACACCAUGCUGAUGAAGCCAGGUGAAUGCUCCCACCACCGCCCCGCCAAUCAGAUAAGGAUGGUGUAUGGGAAAGAAUCCGGUCCAGAGCCCUCUCACAAUGAGCAAGUUCUUCAAGAAGAAAGACAUGCCGACAUGGACAAGCUCUCUGACCAGAUGCAAAGGACUGCUCUCUGA